AAAGAUUAGAUUUUAAAGUAUAGUAAAAAUGGAGAUAAGUAGUACACAGACACACCUUUUAAUAAACACAGGAAUGUCGUUCAUAGGGUUCCUGUGUUUGUUAAACAUAAUUCCGAAGUUGAAAGACAUGUUUGUGGCUGCUAACCUCUCUGGAAUCGACAUGAGCAAACCAGGGCGUGCGAAAAUCCCAGAGGCUCAAGGUGUGGUAUGUGGAGCUGUGUUUCUGAUCAUCAUGUUUCUUUUCAUUCCAUUCCCAUUCUACAAACAUCUUGCUGUCAACCAUUCAACUAAAUUCCCACAUAAUGAGUACAUAGAAUACAUUGCAGCCCUACUCUCCAUAUGUUGCAUGAUAUUUCUGGGGUUUGCUGAUGAUGUCUUAAACCUGAAAUGGCGCCACAAAAUCUGGUUACCGACUAUGGCGUCUCUCCCUCUACUCAUGGUUUACUUUGUAAACUUUGACUCAACAAUCAUCAUUGUUCCACUUCCUCUGCGGCAAUUUCUUGGUCAUGACAUUGACCUAGGGGUAUUAUACUACGUGUAUAUGGGUAUGCUGGCUGUGUUCUGUACCAAUGCCAUCAAUAUUCUUGCUGGAAUUAAUGGCCUGGAAUGUGGACAGGCUGUGAUCAUAGCCCUCUCUGUCCUUCUCUACAAUUUCAUUGAAAUGUCAGGUAUCUACCACCAGGCUCACGUCUUCAGUGCUUACUUCAUCAUUCCAUUUUUAGCUGUUAGUCUGGCCCUUCUCUAUUACAACUGGUACCCGUCCCAGGUCUUCGUUGGAGACACCUUCUGUUAUUUCUCUGGAAUGACGUUUGCUGUUGUCGCUAUUCUAGGACAUUUUAGUAAAACCAUGCUUCUUUUCUUCAUACCACAAGUCAUCAACUUUUUGUACUCUGCGCCACAGAUCUUCAAACUAGUACCAUGUCCUCGCCACCGACUUCCCAGUUAUGACCCUAAGACUGAUAAGUUGAAGAUGAGUAUGACCGUAUUUAAGACAUCAAGUUUGAAUCCUAUUGGACGAAUCAUCGUAAAAUUGAUGAGAAGCCUGGGGAUACUGUACGUGGAGGAAACAGACGAGACGUUUUCCUGCAAUAAUAUGACACUCAUCAACUUCAUCCUCAAGUUCAUGGGUCCACUACACGAACGGUCGCUUUGUGUAAUACUCUUGUUUAUUCAGGUGCUGUGUAGCUGUGUAGCAUUUUUUAUACGAUAUCAACUGGCCAAAGUGUUUUACGGAGACUGAGAAUGUGAUAAACACUGUAUUGUAAAUUUGCAAAUUUGUCUACAAAUUAGAUUGAUUGAGUAGAACUUUACUGAUGACUAAUCUGGAACUGACGGGCCGACACAAGGAAAGGACGGGAUGAAUUCACUUACAUAAUUAUUAUAAAAACAAAUUCAUACAAUUUGGUGCAAAUUGUUUUAAAGCUCUCCUUCAGUUAACUUUACAAUUGUAAAUGGUCUGUAACUACAAUCACAGGCUGAUAAUGCAUUUAGUGGAGGAAUUCUGUGACUCAGUGUAAAUAGUUCCUUUAAUACCAAAUAUAUAAUAUAAAUUCUGUAUUGGUUUUAGAGACACUAAUACUUGUUUCCUCUAUCUAGCAAUACCAAAUCAGAAAAUUGAAACAUGUAUUUCUAUUAAGGCUAUACUGUUAUAUUUCAAUUCAAAUUUGCAAUAUAAUUUGGGGAUGUAUUUUGUUGAGAGGAUAAACAUGAACAUUCUUGUUAAGAGUUAUGAAAGAAGUAUGUUCAAGGUCAGGGAUAUUGAAUUUGGUUUCAAUCUGGAUUCUUUACCGAUUUUUUUGAAAUGUCGUCAACUUGAUACACAGAACAUGAACAUCUAAGUACAGAUGUGAUAACUAUGUAAGCGAAUUAAGGUUUCUUGUUUUGAAUGCCCUUAAGUGCACCCCUUCAGUUUACCCUUUAUUUUAAAUGGUUAAUAAUCAAGUAUUAUUAUGUUUAGAGGUUGGUGACACAGUGUAGCGAUUUCAAGACGUGGCGUAAGUGCCAUGUGGUUCUUCUUCAGAAACUCUGGCUGUCCUCUAUCUGGCACGUCCUUAAAUGACCUUAGCUGUUAAUAGGAAAACAACAAUUAACAUUGGUUUCAGAAGUGUGUAUGUGAUAUCUAUAGAUAUGUCUGUCAACAGGUGAUAGUGUGUGAAGAUAAAAGUGUACUUAUUUGUCAAGAAGCAAAUGUCCGGUAAUAAGCCCAUUCAUGUCUUCAACUGUCCAGUAAAAUUAUAUAUAAAUGCUACUACAUGUACAGUGCUAUCAGUCAGUCCUCUGACCCUGGGAUUAUGAGUUAGAUCCUGGAGUUCAAAACAGAAUAAAGUAAUUAAUUUGUAUAUUUUCUGUGAAAACCCUCAGAAUUAUUGCAGUAUAUCUGUUGAUUUGAAUGUGUCCGAUGAGAAGAAUUUAUAAAAACAAAUGUUUUUUUUAAUUGCAAAGAGAUGUAAAUGUAUGAUAAUUUCAUCAAUUCUGCUCACUAACUUGAGGAAAAUAAUGCAGAAAAUUAGACAGCAUUACAAUAUCUUUUAUCCAUGAUGUGUGGAUGCUUACCAAUAUCCUAAUCAUUAUCCAGAUAGCAUGUUGAAUGGACACAAAAUGGCAACGAGUAAAAAAAACCUAUCAGUAUCAGUGGUCAAUCUACAGGGGUCCUGUAUUCAUAGAAUUUUGAUUGGACUCGUAGAAUUUCUGGAAAUACCUAAAUUUUACAUUGCGGCCUCCCAUAUGUUGUUCAAUGAGGAAGUGACCAACAAAUAGAUGGGGCGAUCAACCCAACAGACAAAACGAAUCAGCCAUGGAGAGUUUAAGGGCUGUAGUAGAUGUCUGAUUUAUGUACACGAGUCACAAUAGCUUAUGAAUUACCAGACUGAUGUAAUUUUUUUUUCUAUUUUCAUCAAAUCCACUAUAUUGUGCAAUGACUAUCUCAGACUUAUUUAUAAUCUAGAUCAUGUAUGUUUGAAGCAGAUCUUAAACGGUAGAGUUUUACUGUUAAAUCAUAUAUAUAUAGUGAUCAUUGGAACAUGAUUUCCGUGAUAAAUCUUGGCUAUGAAAUCAAUUAUUACUAUAAUCUAUGUAAAUAUGUAUCUGUUUAUUAGAGGUUAAUUUACGGAUUCCUGUACCCACAAAUUCAAUGAGAAUAAAUCCCUGACAAAAUGAUUUAAUUUUACAAUACAUCAAUUACCGAGUCAGUCUUAUUUAGGAAGUGUAUGACCUUUGUAGGUAUUUUCGACACUGAUCAUGAUUUAUGUUUGUGACUGAGAGUAAAGCUGGGCUUUGGUAUGUAAAGCAGGUCGAAAUAAUAUUUGGCAAGUUUUCCUUCUUAAAAAACUUUUCAUCAUUUUAUUGUGCAAGUGCAUAUUGAUCUGUUAAUCGUUUUCCUCAUCAUAAUGUUUGCUCGAGGUAGACGAAAUCUAGUUGAAACGGGUGUAUUAAACUUUCGAAGAAUUUUUUAACGGCUAAACAUCUUUCGUAUUAUUUAUAUUUGUAGUUAUUACUAAUAUGGAACCUUAGUAUAAAUCGGGCCUAAGUAUUUGCAAUAACAAAUUUUUAUAUAACUUUAAAAUUGGAAGUAUGUGUAAGCAUGUUAUUUUACCCUGUGUAAACUUUAUGUAUAUUUGAGUUGAUAUGAUGUCGUGUUCAUGAAUUGGAAUGAAAUCAUGGCCGUGUGUGAGUAUGAUCAUAAUUUAUUUAUCAUGGUAUCUGUUAACCUGGGACUUUUUCUUUUAUUACAGAGAAGUAUAAUACCAAAACUAUUGUUAUUUGUUUGAUUGACUUUAUAGUAAAUAUCAGUUUUCUUGAUGUUUUCUUUCUUUUUUUUCAA